AGACUCUUGUUUACACUUUUACGUACGAUUUAAACUUUUAAUGAAAAAAUUGUCUAAUUUUUAAUUUGCAAUUUCGCUUAAUCUCGAGCUUAAAAUGUAAAAGCAGUUAAAAUAAAUUAUUUAAAGUGAGUCUGAAUUACUGGCUAGUUUCUGUAUAUUUUUAAGAAACGAAAGGAUUUACUCAUAUUUACAGUGACAAGUUUAAAUCAAAAUAAAUCCUCAUGUUACUCGCAACUUUUUUUCCCAAGUUGAUUGGUUUCCGUGCUUGUAUACCCCGCACAUUAUCUGCGACGUUAUCUUCAUCCUCUUCUGAUUCUACAACAUCCCUCAAUGAGACGUCACUUCGAUCUUUAACAUUAGAUGAAGCCUUAAAAUUAACUGACCCAUCGCGUAAUGUUCAUGCUGCCCACUGCCUACUUUACUAUAAAACAGUUGAUGAUGAUGUGGAAGGCAUGUUUGGUUUGUGUCAGGUUCGAUUUGAUGGUCAACUAGGCUUUCCUGGUGGGAUUAUUGAACCGGAAGAAUUGGAUUCUGUUAGUGCUAUUGUCGCUGGAUUACAAAGAGAGCUGAAGGAAGAAAUUAAUUUUGCAGUCAAAGCAAGUGAAUCCGACCCAGAUGGUAGCAAUGGAUUCUCACAUAUCUCAACAUACAUUGAUGACUCUUUGAACCAACCCGGCACAUCAUCCCCUCGUGUCAACAUUUAUCAUUUUUUCAUGAAGCAAAUCAGUGAACAAGAAUUUAAACACUGUGAAGUAACACAUUCUCAAUCAAUUCAUUUUCCAUCUGAAUCGUUGGGUAUUUUUCGUAUACCCUUGAUUGAUCCAUCUAAUUGCCGAGAUAAGACAAUUUUCAGAUAUUACAAGAAGAGAGGAAGUUUUCUUGUUAAUUUUUUUAAACAUUAUUUUGCAGGAAUAGGCAAAAAUCAACUUUAUGAUUCACUGGUUUAUCUUGAUUGUUUAACACCAGAUUAUUUGGCACAAUUGGAGCCAUAUAUCCGAAAGUGCAUCUAACGGCGAGCUUACUAAUUUUGGUCAUCUAUUCAUAUCAAUCAAAAUUGAAGCCUACCAUUUUCCAAUUCUCAUGAAAGUGGUCAAUAUUACCAAUAUCAAAGAAUCGUCCUUAAAUAUUGUCCAUGUGUCAACCUUUAUGUUUCCUAUUAACUAUUUUAUUUCAUUAUUUAUACAUGAGCUUGUUGCCAUUAAUGUAACCAUAUUUAAUUUAUUUUCCAUAAAUUAUUAUUCACAUUAUUAA